GUGUUCAAUGAGGUGAUUAGGGCCAAAUUGUGUUUAAACGCGAUCUCUUGGUUCUUGGUGUAAGUUGUUCUCUUCAGAGACAAGCAUGCACCAAGGAGUUUAUCUAAGGCUUUUUUGGCUCUUUCUGCUUUUUAGAAUUGGGAGUUGUUUUCCUGCAGACUACAAAGAUGGCCACACAGAUGACAACGCAACCAUUGUUGGCUUAGAUUCUUCGCAGAUUUCAGACCCCGAGUUUGAGUUUUUACCCUCUAAAAAUGAGUCCAGCCUUGAAGAAAUGGCUCCAUACACUGUGGAAAGGGAAAAUAAGACUUCCAACUUAACUAGUCAGAGUGAUAUUUCUCCUAAGGUCUUCCACUUUGGUCCAUUCGAGAACCAAAAACAUGGUUUCUCAGAGCAGAGAUGGCGAAAUCAACACACUGGAAGCUUUGACUCAGAACCAUCCAGUACCUGGUAUGGGCCUCCCUACUUUCAUAAAAUGCCAUAUGCUGGUGCUGGAUCCUAUCCAUACAUUUAUGGUAGUGGCAGCAUGGGACAUCCUUAUUAUAGUUAUGGUGGCAUCCAUGGAUCUCCUCCCUAUGGGUACAGUUAUGAUGCUUCUGGAUUUCACUAUGGUUAUGGCUCAGGUGAAGGAUCACAUCCUUACAGUUAUGGUGCAACUGAAUCUCCUCCCUAUGGCCAUGGUCCUGGGUAUGUUACUGCUACCCAUGAAUAUGGUUCCGGUAGCCCUGGGUAUGCUCUUGGUACUCAUGGAUAUGGUCCUGGCGCAGAUAAAUCCCAUCAAGCACAUGGAAGCAGAACUGCUGGAUCUGCUCAUGGAUACUGGUCUCAACAGCAUGCAAUAAUUGAUCCAGAACUGGUCCUAAUUGGAAACAUCCUGAUGAGAGUUCGGCAAAUGCCACUUGCUCAGGCCUGGAGAACCAGUGAGGCGCCUGUGAACUGGUUCAACAAGCCCCCUGUGUACCCUUCAUCUCUCGUCAGCCAGUACAACAGUGGCUACCAACGAGCCAGAGACCUUGAUUCUAACAGCCGCUACACCAAGGAAACUUUAGACCCUACUUCUGAGCCUGAAAUCCAAACACAGCAACAAAUGGUUCCAACUAAUUUUCAGUGAGACCUGAGGUCCACCUAGGAUGAAACUGGAUUUUUGGCACCACCUGUUUGGGGACUGUUCAUGCUUAUAUUCUAAUAAACACAUUAAAACUG